CCCCUCAUGUAAUGAAGAACUCUGCUAGAGAGCUGCAACACUUAGACUCUGGGUUGGAUUUUAUUACCGUGAUGAAAUUACACAAGCAUUGCCUCUCUCUCCCUGCCUGCUUCACUCUCUGCGCUGCUCCUGGGCUCUCUCCGCUGGCUCCGCAGCCGGGCUGGGGCCGGCAGGGAAGCAGGUAGGACACGCUGGGCUCCCUCCCAGCGCUGGGCUUCCUGGGCUGGGAUCCCCGGGGCUGCAUCAUUGGCAUGCGGCUCCUGGCAGGACUGCAUCAGUGCUAGAGGAGAUGCGAGCGCAGAGCCGCGCCGCGCCGCGCCGCCCGCACCGCCCGAACCUCCCCAGCCUCCCCGGGGCCCCCCAGGACAUGACCUUCAGCACCACAAUGAAUCAGGAAAAACCUGUCAAAUCCUCCUAGCUCCCUGGCUGUGCAAUUUGCUGUUCCCUCGCUGUUCCCCAGACAGCAGCUUUUCUCACUCAAAGCACAGAAGCCAGCAAGUCACAAAUGACAGCUGAAAAGUGAAGCAUUACCAAAAGCUGCGUGAGACUCUGUCAAAGAGAACCUUUAUAUAUAAUUCCCCUUCUGAGCCUGGGAAGCUGUGCAUCCCAUCAGUUCCACAGAACGCAGAGAAGGUAUGUUCAAGUAACCAACACCAGAAGCUGCAGAAAUCCACACACACUUUAGAGUAUCCACAGAGUGACCUGCAGCAUUUAGAAUUCUCCGUUCAGAAUGGAUGAUGGGUACAGAAACACAAACCAGGUCUCAGAUGACUACAGGUACCAGGAUGGCAACUACGAGGAGCCCGCGCAGGAGGAGGAUGCCCAGAGCGACGUCACAGAGGGCCACGACGAGGAUGAUGAGGUCUAUGAGGGGGAGUACCAAGGGAUCCCACACCCAGAUGACAUCAAAGAAAAGCAGAAGAAGCGAGGCCCUGCCGUGGAUGAUGAGUACAGAGACCGUGCUGACCUUAUGGCUGAGAGGAUGGAGGACGAGGAGCAGCUUGCCCACCAGUAUGAGAACAUCAUUGAGGAGUGUGGCCACGGACGCUUCCAGUGGACUCUCUUCUUUGUUUUAGGGUUGGCACUGAUGGCAGAUGGGGUGGAGGUGUUUGUGGUUGGAUUUGUUCUUCCCAGUGCUGAGAAGGAUAUGUGCUUGUCCAGUUCCAACAAAGGGAUGCUGGGCUUGAUAGUCUACUUAGGAAUGAUGGUGGGGGCUGUCUUGCUGGGUGGCCUCGCUGAUAAACUGGGAAGAAAGCAAUGCCUCAUCAUAUCACUGGCAAUCAAUGCUGCCUUUGCCUUCCUCUCCUCCUUCGUCCAGGGAUACGGAUUCUUCCUCUUCUGCCGCCUUAUCUCGGGCCUCGGUAUUGGGGGCACCCUCCCCAUCGUGUUUGCCUAUUUCUCUGAAUUCCUGUCCCGUGAGAAGAGGGGGGAACACCUGAGCUGGCUUUGCAUGUUCUGGAUGAUUGGUGGCAUUUAUGCUUCGGCAAUGGCUUGGAGCAUCAUCCCACAUUACGGCUGGGGGUUCAGUAUGGGAACCAAGUACCACUUCCACAGCUGGAGAGUCUUUGUGCUCGUGUGUGCUCUGCCCUGCAUCGCCUCCCUGGUGGCACUGAAGUUCAUGCCUGAAAGCCCUCGGUUUUUGCUGGAGAUUGGUAAACAUGAUGAAGCUUGGAUGAUACUCAAGCAAGUCCACGACACCAACAUGCGGGCCAAGGGCGAGCCAGAGCGGGUGUUUACGGUUUCUUAUAUCAAAACUCCAAAGCAAGUAGAUGAAUUUAUUGAAAUCCAGAGCUCAACAGGGACCUGGUACCAGCGGUGGCUGGUCAGAAUCACAACUACUUUAAAGCAGGUUUGGGACAACGUGCUAUAUUGUUUAACAGCCCAGUACAGGAUGAACACACUGAUGCUGGCUGUGGUUUGGUUUACAAUGGCCUUAAGUUACUACGGCCUUAUUGUCUGGUUCCCUGACAUGAUCCGCUAUUUCCAAGAUGAGGCAUAUGAAUCCCGAGUGAAGAUCUUUGAUGAGGAAGAAGUGUCCCAUUUCACCUUUAAUUUCACCCUGGAAAACCAGAUCCACAGAAAUGGGGAGUACAGGAACGACAAAUUUAUUGGCAUGAAAUUCAAGGAAGUGAGAUUUGAGGAUUCAUUAUUUGAGGAUUGCUACUUUGAAGAUGUGAGAUCCAGUGAGACCUUCUUUGAAAACUGCACCAUCAUCUCUACUGUCUUUUAUAACACCGAUCUCUACGAACACAAAUUCAUCAACUGCAGGCUCAUCAACACCACAUUCAUGAGUGAGAAGGAAGGCUGCCACAUCGACUUUGAGGAGGACAAUGAUUUUCUGAUCUACCUGGUCAGCUUCCUGGGCAGCCUGUCCGUGCUGCCAGGCAACAUCAUCUCUGCACUGCUCAUGGACAAAAUCGGGAGGAUAAAGAUGAUCGGCGGCUCGAUGCUGAUCUCAGCCGUGUGCUGCUUCUUCCUGUUCUUCGGGAACAGCGAGUCGGCGAUGAUCGGCUGGCAGUGCCUCUUCUGCGGGGCCAGCAUCGCCGCCUGGAACGCCCUGGAUGUCAUCACCGUGGAGCUCUACCCCACCCACAAAAGGGCAACAGCCUUUGGCAUCCUCAAUGGGCUUUGCAAGUUUGGUGCCAUCCUGGGGAACUCCAUCUUUUCCUCCUUCGUAGGGAUAACCAAGGUGGUUCCCAUUCUGCUGGCCUCCUCCGCCCUGGUGGGAGGGGGCCUGCUUGCCUUGCGCCUGCCAGAGACUCGAGAACAGGUCCUGAUGUGAGCAGCAGAGGCCAGGGGGUGUGGGGGGAGGGCAGGUGUAGAAGAAGAACAAAAAAGAGCCGUGUCUGGAAUACCCAAAAUGUUCGCUCGAUGCUGUUCUGUCGAUACCUCAAAGCGAGACGGCAGAGGGGAAGAAAACCCGCAGGGAUAUGAACAAAACCAUCGUUUCUAACCUUCCUACAGCCACAACUGGUGCAUGCAGCCCCCACACACCCCUUGCAGAGCUUGGGUUCCACCUGCCUACGCUGGGAGCCCCCCUGUCCCCGUGCAUCCCCCUGCAAGGACACCAGACAGCGCGGUGAGCCCACCCGGGUGUGACACGGGAGGACAGACCCGACCCUCCUGCCUCUGCCCAGCUGCGACACCCUGCCGUGCCUGCCCACCCACUGGGACACUCAGAGCAUCCAGGGGAGGCAGGUAACAAACCUGCUGGGGGUGAGCUCCAGCAACAGGGCUGAGUUGCAGGCACCCCAGCUGUCUUGAUUUUGGGAUCACCACUCCACCCACCUGGAAGAGAGAGUCCUGAUUUCUCAAGGAUGUGAGGGUGGGUGCUCAGCUGUCUCAGAAGACUCAGAGCUUCAAAGCCCUUUGCUGUCUUCACUUGGGCACAGGGAAUCACUAGGCACCUUCUUGCUGUGGAAGAGAAAUACCUAAAUAAUUAUAUGUAUAUAUAUAUGUAUUUACACCUACUUGCAAAC